AUGGACCUCGACAACCUCCAAGACAACUCCAACCUAUCGGUCCUCAACCCUCGCCCUUCUCAGAUACCCGGACCCAACCUCUUCCACCACCUAGUGCGUUCCCCCAGUGGCUCUACAGCUUUGGAACACCUCGAGAAUGGCUCCCGAACCUCCUACACCUACGGGGACCUGCACCUCGCCUCAGACCGCGUCGCAGCCCAGAUCACAGCCGCAACCUCCCCCAGCAGCUCCGGAGAGCAGCAGCAACUCGACCAGAACAUCGUUCCAAUUCUCAUACACCAGUCGCCCUUACUCUAUGCUGCUCUGCUCGGCACCCUCAAGUCGGGCGGCGCAUUCUGCCCCCUGAACAUUGAUGCACCCCCAGAGAGGGUCAGCUUCAUCUUGCAGGAUGUCUCGGCCAAGGUCAUCCUUGUGUCUGAGGAGCUGGUUUCCAAGGUUCCAGACGGUUGUUCUGCGAUCGUGAUAGUUGUCAGAUGGGAUGACAACAGCAACACCACCACUGGACACAACGAGCCCUUCCUGGGCCCAGCUCGGGUUCCCACCCCAGACGAUUUAGCCUAUGUCAUGUACACCUCUGGCUCUACCGGAACCCCCAAGGGCGUGGGCAUUCCUCACAGCUCUGCCACCCAGGCCUUGCUGGCCCAUGACCGUCACAUGCCGAGGUUUUCACGCUUCCUGCAGUUCGCCGCCCCGACCUUCGACGUCUCCGUCUUUGAAAUAUUCUUCCCUCUGUUCCGGGGUAACACCCUGGUCAGUGUCAACCGUGGGGAGCUUCUCAACGACCUCCCCGGAGUUAUUCGGGAGAUGGACAUUGACGCCUGCGAGUUAACACCCAGUGUUGCUGGCAGCUUGCUCCGGUCACGAGAUAAGGUCCCCUGUCUGAAACUCCUCCUCACUAUUGGCGAGAUGCUCAACGAGCCAGUGGUCAGAGAAUUCGGAGGGAAUGGGCCGGGGGAAAGCAUGCUUUGGGCCAUCACACUCGAACCGGCAAUGGCUGCGGCUGCGACUGUCAAUACCAUCGGGGUGCCACUCGACACAGUCUCCUGUUAUGUCAUUCAGCCUGCAAGCGAGCACCACGGCCCUGGAGAGUGCUCCAUUUUGCCGAGAGGUGAGAUUGGAGAGCUCGCGGUGGGCGGGUUCCAGCUCGCUGUUGGCUACCUCAACCGCCCAGAGCAGACGGCCGCGUCCUUUAUCAACACCCCCUACGGUCGGCUGUACCGCACUGGAGAUAAGGCCCGGAUCACCCAAUCUGGGAAGCUAGAAUGUUUUGGCAGGCUCUCGGAUGGCCAGGUCAAGCUGCGUGGCCAGCGCCUCGAGCUUGGCGAGGUAGAGUCGGCUAUCCUGCGAACGCCGGGGUGCCACGGAGCAGUGGCCAUGGUCGAGAGCUCGAUCCUCAUCUGCUUCUGCGCCGUCGAUGACGGGGUCACAGAGGAUCAGCUCCUCGACUCGUGUAAGCGCUGGCUGCCGCAGUACAUGGUGCCCGGCGAGCUGAUCGUGAUGGAUGAUUUCCCUCGGCUCCCCAGCGGCAAGGCAAACAAGAAGCAGCUCCUCCAGGACUUUAUCAGUCAGAGAGAGGCACAACCUGCUGCGGAGUCACAGUUUGAGGGUGUGAGUGAUGAGCUGGCAAUCAGGGUGUCGGACAUUGUGUCCAAGGUUUUGGGUAGGUCCGCCAAAGCGGCCGAUUCUUUCAGCGCCGCGGGCCUCGACUCUCUCGCCGCCAUCAGAUUGGCCUCUUCUCUCCGUGAGGCUGGGUUUGAGGUGGCAACUGUCGACUUGCUCAAGUUGCGAACUGUGCCCCAGUUAGCAUCGCUAAUACGAAAUACCUCUUCGAGCCCUGCUGUGUCUGUCCAACCCACUGCUUCCGCCUCCAGCCUUCUCGCCAGAUGUGAUGAAAUCUGCUCCGAGAAUCCAGCCCUGCAAGACGUAAGAGGGCUUAUAGAAGACAUCUGGCCCUGCAUCCCCUUGCAAGCAGCCAUGCUGGCCGAGUCGUCGCGGCACGACGGCACCUAUUGGAACACGGUCGAGCUCGAGACCGAUCCCCACGUCACUGUGGGACAGGUCCUAUCUGCGUUCCGGCAGGUCGCCCAGAGUAAUGAAAUCAUCCGCACCGGAUUCGCCCCGUGGCGUGGAGGAUUCGCAUCGGUCCUUUUCAUGGGCCUCCAGCCGGGCCAGGUGCGCAUAGUCGAUGAGUUUGAGCAUGACUUGCCCCCGGAAAUGUCGCAGCACUUUUUGCAGACCAUCCAUUGGCAGAUCCAGAGGCGCCGCGGGCCCGGUCACGGGGUGCAGAUGCUCGUGCAUGUCCAUCAUGCCAUUUACGACGGCUGGUCGUUAGAUAUGCUUCUUUCAGAUAUGACGGCCGUCCUAAAGGGGCUGGAGCCUCCCGCUCGCCCGCAGUUCCGAGACGUGGCGCCCUUCUACAUGCACCCCCCCGUCGAGGGCAUGAACAACGCCAGAAAGUUCUGGACCGACCACCUCCUCGGGUGGAAUAAGGCGCCGUUCCCCAAGCUGAUUGGGCAGCAGGGGGGGCCGAACGUUACACAGGUGUGCAGGGCCAUGCUCGAGGCGCCUACUGCCGGCUCUGUUGAAAGCUCGGCACAAGAGCUCGGCUGCAGCGCACAGGUCCUUUUCCAAGCGGCCCUUGCGCUCAUGUGGAAUGGCAUUACCGGAAGCUCCGAUAUCGUGCUGGGCACUGUGACGUCCGGCAGGGCGAUCCCCGUGCCCGGGAUUCACAGUGUCAUGGGCCCUUGCGUCGCCUCCAUGCCUCUCCGGGUAAAUCUGGAGAGGAUGACGGAAAAUGCCCAUCUGCUGAAUCACAUCCACUCGAGCAAUCGGGCCGUGAUGGAGCAUUAUUCCCUGCCGUUGGCUGAGGUGAAGAGGCUGAGCGGGCUGCAGCCGGGAGAUACCAUCUAUGACGUCCUGUUUGCCUACCAGGAGUCGCCUGAUAGCGGCCGAAGGAGGGAUAUGGCGAUUAGAGAGUCGAAGCAUCUAGACAGACUUGAGACAAAGUUCGUCCUCGAGGUUGAGCCUCGCGAGGAGGGCUUCGCUCUCCAGGCCACGUACCACUCCGACUCGUUUGACGAGCAGAUGGUGGUUCGGAUGCUCGACCAAUUCAAGUUCAUACUCCAACGUAUUAUCAAAUACCCCCAAGGCUCUGUCACGUCUGCCAAGAAUAGUAUUCUUGAUGGGCUGGCAACCUAUAAUAAGCCGCCUUCUGCUUAUGAAGGCGUCCCAGACCUGGCCGCUAUGUUUGAGGCGGUCGUUGGGAAGACGCCCAAUGCCGAGGCCAUCUGCUUCGCAAGAUCAAUUGACAGCGAUUCGGUUGUUUCUGAAAAGGUGACAUAUCGCGAGCUCAAUGAAAUUAGUAAUAAAAUAGCUAAUAGCAUCCGAGAUGCUGGCGCACAAACUGGAGAGGUCGUGGCCAUUGUCAUGGAGAAGUCGAUUCGCCUCUAUGCAUCGAUUCUUGCUAUUGUUAAAGCAGGAUGCGCAUAUCUUCCCCUUCUACCCUCAACCCCUGCUUCUAGAGUGCAGGAGAUUUUCUCACAGGCAGACACUAGGCUCUGUCUUGUUGAUGCUGAUUCGGAGGUGUCGCUCGCGCUGGCCACGAGCGUGCGGACUCUGGUUGUUGGCGGUGACUCCUUUGAGGGGCUGUCAGUGCAGAAUCUCAACAUUCCUCCUGACGGUUCUCGUCUCUCUUAUGUCAUUUAUACCUCUGGUACCACUGGGAAGCCUAAGGGUGUUGCGGUCACGCAAUUGAACGCUGCAAGUAAUAUUGGCUAUCUGGAGACGCUCUACCCCAAGAGCGCCUCUAGGCAGUCUCGUCUUCUUCAAGCCUGUUCUCAAGCUUUUGACGUGUCAGUUUUUGAGAUAUUCUACACGUGGCACGCUGGGAUAUGUCUUUGUUCCGGAACCAAUGACACGCUGUUUGAAGAUCUUGAGAACGCUAUCAACCAGCUUGGCAUCACACACCUCAGUCUCACACCUACUGUUGCAUCACUUAUAGAUCCUAAAAAGACUCCUAAUGUUGAAUUUCUCGUCACUGCUGGCGAGGCAAUGACCUCGUCUGUCAGAGAUACCUGGGGCGAGCUUCUGUGGCAGGGCUAUGGACCGUCUGAAACCACCAAUAUCUGUUCUGUCAAGCAUAUGAAGCGCGAGUACCAUCCCGAGCAUUUAGGAUGGGUCUUUCCAAACACUUCUGUUUUUGUUCUGUCGCCUCAGUCUCUGGACACCCUGCCCAUUGGAUGGGUCGGAGAAUUCUGCUUUGGGGGCGAUCAAGUCGCCCAGGGUUACCUGAAUCUGCCCGAGGUGACUGCUGCAAGCUUCAUCGAGCACCCCAAGUAUGGCCGCAUCUACCGGUCGGGAGACAUGGGGAGGAUGCUCCCAGACGGGUCAUUAAUGAUCCUUGGCAGAAUGGAUGGCCAACUGAAACUCCGCGGUCAGAGGAUCGAAGCAGGCGAAGUUAAUAGUGUGAUCACUGCUACUGAUCUGAGCUCUGCCGCUGUGACGCUGUUGGCUCGGCAGCGCGCGGACUUUCCCGAGCAGUUGGUUACUUUCUUCGUUCCUACGAAGACUCAUAAAGAUGAAGGGUCCAUUCUGCCGACUGAUGCUGAGACUACAAAGCUUCUGUUCUUGACGCUUCAGGCCCGGCUACCAUCCUACAUGGUGCCGUCGUAUCUCAUCCGGAUCUCGGGCGUGCCCAAGACGGCCUCGGGGAAGAUUGAUACCCGGAAACUGCGAGAUUGGUUUCAGGGACUUUCCGCGGAUUAUCUGUCGUCAUCGGCUCAAGACCAAAGUGAGAGCAUAGAUGGAGAAGAGGCAUCUCAAUCUGAGCUGCUUCUCAAGCAGUCCAUCUCAGAGUAUCUCAGCGUCCCGGAGUCUACUGUAGGUCGCUGGACUCCCUUUGCGAACCUCGGGAUAGAUUCGAUAUCUGCCAUCGGAUUAGCUCGUGCUCUGAAAGUAUCUGUUGGACGGUCGAUUCCCGUUUCUGCCAUUUUGAGGAAUCCCAACCUCGUGUUAUUGGGACGGCAUCUUGAUAGCGAAUCAGCAAACACUAAGACUAGAUCGUCACCCAAACCUGGUGAUUUCUUCCAAAAGUCUUUCUUGUCAGAUGUCACAAAGAGCUUCGAGUCUGAAGGCAAAAAGGUCGAAAGCAUUCUUCCCUGCACGCCGCUCCAAGAGGCGAUGCUUGCUGGUGGUCAGCAAAGUUAUUACAACAAGGUGAUGCUUCGCCUUCUGACCAAGCCAGAGGACAUGCGACAAUAUUGGAACAAUGUUGCCAAGAGAAACGGAAUCUUACGGACCGCUUUUGUGGCUACUGACCAAGUCAAGAACCCCAUAGCGCAAGUUGUUCUCCAGGAUUGGGAGAUUCCGUGGUUGGAAUUCUCUGUGAACACGCCUUCCUUUGAUCAUGUGGUUGAUGAACACCUGAAACAACUUCCGGAGCCUGUUGACUCUCAGAUUCCUCCCAUUUCUCUGGCUAUUAUCAAUUAUCGGGGAACCGCUUUCCUGUCGUUUAUUUGUCAUCACGCGCUCUAUGACGGUGUGGCUAUGGUGAAUCUCUGGAGGGAAGUGGAGGCAUUGGCAAACGGCGCUGUGCUGCCACCUCCAGUCCCCUAUGAGCCGUUCUUGAUGGAAGUCCUCAGCCCUCCAAGUGAUACCGAUAGCUUUUGGCUCUCGCAGCUUCGGGACUUCCAGUCAACAAGCCUGUUUAGGAGAUCGAAGGGCAAGAAGGCUGUUCAGGCGGCAGCUAGUACGUCGCUGAAUGUUCCGCUGAGAGGUAUCCACGAGCAUGUGCAGUCACUGGGAGUUUCGUUCCUGUCCCUCUGUGAGGCGGCUUGGGCCAACACUAUUGCCAUCGCAAGUAGUUCCACCGACGUUUGUUUCGGAAACGUCGUCAGUGGGCGAACAGUCGAUAUUGAGGGUAUUGACAAGCUGAUCGCGCCGUGCUUCAAUACAAUCCCCAUCCGUAAGGACCUAUCAGCCGAGCCACAUGGAAUCAACCUUGUCAAGGACUUUUACAAGCUAAACUCGGAGAUUCUAUCGUACCAAUUCACACCUCUUCGCCAGAUUCAGAAGACUACGGGUCGAUCAGGCCGUGCGCUAUUUGAUACUCUGCUCAUUGUCCAGCAGCCGCUCCAUGCUAUGGAUGACAGCGUCUGGAUACUCGAGGGCGAUAACAGCGACAUGGAUAUUCCUUUGGUGUGCGAGGUUGUCCCCUGCCCGAGCUUGAAUACCGUUGUUGUCAACAUACAGUAUGACAUGGACGCCGUCAGCGAAGCGAUGGUUUGGGCCUUUGCUGGCAUAUUUAGGCUUCAGUUCGAGUCUAUCCUCAAGUCUCCCUACGGGAAAUUGUUGCAACGAAGUUCGGUGCCUCCGAAACUCAUCGCGGGGCUUGAGGGCAUCGUUGUUAGACGGGAGCGAAUCGAAGCGGAUAAGACCCGGGCCCAAGUUGUUGAAGAGUGGCCAGAGGUUGAAGCCCAGAUCAGAAAUGUCCUUGUAGAGCUGUCUGGGCAGCCUGCUUCAAGAGUCUCGCGGUUCACAAGUAUCUUCCAGCUUGGCCUCGACAGCAUCAAUGCUGUGCAGGUUGCGUCGAUGCUUCGCCGGCAAGGGUUGGACGUCUCGGCAUCUGACGUGAUUGAAUGUACCACCUGUGCCAAGAUCUCCGAGAGGGUACAUGAGAACACAAGCAGGAAGACGUCGACGAAGUCGACGUACGACCUUGGAAAGUUUGGCUUUGGUGUUGCGUCGCAGCUUCAGGAGAAGCUGCCUGCUGACCGAGUUGUGGAGGCCACCCUGCCUUGUACGCCCAUGCAGGAGGCGAUGAUCAUGUCGUUUAUUCGUUCCGAUGGCAGCAAUUAUUUCAAUUCAUUGUCAUAUGAGUUUGAGAAGGGCAUCUCUACGGCAGAUGUUGUCAGGUCAUGGGCUACUCUGACCAAGUGUCAUCCGCUCCUGAGGACCGCCUUUUUGCCAGUGAAUCAUCAGGAUUGCUCUUUUGCCAUGGUUAGAUAUUCACCGGAGUCUAGCCCAGCGCCUCUGACGAUCGUGGGUUCUAAAGUAGAGAACCUGGAGAGCAAAAUGGCAGAAUGCAGAGCGGCUGUCCUUUCUACGCCUAAUCUCCCACCUUGGCAUGUUUUCAUCGAGGAAAAGGGCGAGUCUUUGUCGAUGGUUGUCAUGAUUCACCAUGCUAUUUACGAUGCGCAGUCAUUAGACUCCAUCCUUGCAGAGCUUGCAGUCCAACUCAAGAGUGAUGUCGCCUUUUGCUCUUUCGCAGAGGUUGAGCCGAGCUUGGCCGAGAUGAUGAUGGAGAGUACCUCGAACCAAACUGAGGCAGAGAAAUUCUGGAAGUCAAAAGCAGACUCAGCCGUCGUGAACACAUUCCCGAUCAUGACUCCCCUCAGGGAGCCUGCCAGCGAUUUACAAGUCGAGAGCAUGCAGUCAUCAAUGAGCUUUUCGGCUUUCCAAGCCGCCGCACAGAGUGUGGGUGUUUCAGUUCAAGCAGUCUUCCAAGCAGCAUGGACGAGAAUCCUCUCCUCGUACCUUGGAGAGAACUCGGUGACCUUUGGAGUCAUCUUGUCGAGUCGAUCAACUGAGACGACCAAGAAUGCGCCAAUGCCAUGCUUGUCGACUGUGCCUGUUGUUGCCGCCAACCAGUCAUCCAAUGUCGAGCUUCUCAAGCAGAUGAUGGAGUUCAACUCUAAAUGCCACAAAUUCCAGUCUGUCCCGCUGAGCCAAGUACAGAAAUGGUUGGGCCAUCCUGCGUCGCCGGUAUUCGAUACCUUGCUCUCGUAUCGCAAGGUGGAAGCACAGCGCCCGCGUCCAUUCCGCCUGAUUGAGGACAAGGCAAGUGUUGAGUAUCCUGUUUCAAUUGAAAUUGAAGCUGUAGGGAAUGGGGAGAUGAAUCUGUCAAUCACCUACUUGCCCAAUGUUGUGCCGCUGGAACAAGCCAAGAUGAUUCUCCGGCAGUUCGAUGCUGGCAUGUGCCAUUUGAUCAUGGACACCAAUAGCACGGAUUUGGAUCUCUACAGGGUUAAUCCAGCCGUUUUCUCCGUUUCGCCCCCGCUGAAGCCGGAGAUGCCUUCUCCGGUACAGUACAUGCAUGAGUUUGUGGAGAUGAGAGCGCGUUCGCAGCCUGACGCCAUCGCUCUCGAGUUUGUGUCUGCCAUGGCCGAUGACGGGACUCCACGGAAACAGCAAUGGACGUAUCGAGAGCUGGAUGAGAUGGGCAACAGAGUCGCAAAUAUGCUAGCCGAAGAAGCUACCGUUGGAUCCAUCAUCGGAAUCCACUUCGUGAAAUGCCCAGAGGCUUACUUUGCCAUUCUGGGCAUCUUGAAGGCUGGCUGCUCGUUCGUAGCGCUCGAUCCGACUGCUCCUAGCGCCCGAAAGGAGUUCAUCAUGUCCGACUCCCAGGCUCCUUGUGUACUUACAGGAGCGGCUGAUUUGGAUCUCGACCUGUCGACCAAGAUGAUUCCUCUGACAAUAGAGGCUCUGAGUGCGUUCGCGCCCACCCCUCGCCAGCUGGGACCUGAGUUCUCGCCUUCGUCCACCUGCUACUGUCUAUAUACCUCAGGAACGACUGGCACGCCCAAGGGAUGCGAGAUUACCCAUGAGAAUGCCGUUCAGGCCAUGAUGGCGUUCCAGGAGUUGUUCCGGGGCCACUGGGAUCAAGAUUCUAGAUGGCUGCAGUUUGCGGCACUCCAUUUCGAUGUGUCUGUCCUAGAACAGUACUGGAGUUGGUCAGUUGGAAUCAGCGUCGUCAGUGCACCGAAAGAUUUGAUCCUGGACGACCUCACAGGGACGAUCAAUAAGCUGGGGAUCACCCACAUAGACUUGACGCCUAGCCUGGCGCGUCUGACACAUCCUGAUGAGGUUCCAAGUCUGUGCAGAGGUGUCUUCAUCACUGGCGGAGAGUCACUCAAGCAGGAGAUUCUUGAUGUGUGGGGGCCCAAGGCUGUCAUAUAUAAUGCAUAUGGGCCUACGGAGGCUACCAUUGGAGUUACCAUGUACCAGCGAGUCCCGAUAAAUGGACGGCCAAGCAACAUUGGAAAGCAAUUCUCCAAUGUGGGAUCCUAUGUCUUCCAUCCCGGGACCGAAAUUCCUGUCCUGCGAGGUGGUGUCGGCGAGUUGUGCGUCUCUGGCAAAUUGGUCGGAAAGGGCUAUCUCGGCCGAGCAGAGCUGACUCAGGAACGCUUCCCUAUCCUGAAGGAGUAUGGCGAGAGGAUCUACCGCACGGGAGACCUGGUACGCAUUCUGUGCGACGGGUGCUUUGACUUCCUGGGCCGGGCAGAUGAUCAGGUGAAGCUUCGCGGCCAGCGCCUUGAGAUUGGCGAGAUCAACCACGCUAUUCGAAGCGUACCUGAGAUCAGCGACGCUGCCACGAUUGUGACUUCUCACGGAGCAGGCAAUGACAAGAGCGUGUUGGUUUCGUUUGUUGUAUCUUCCCAAGCCGGCUCUGUAAAUACCGAGCUCAAGGUGCUGAACGAUGUCGAGGAACUGAGCCUGAAGGCAAAAGAGGCGUGCCGUCAGCGUCUCCCAGGCUACAUGGUCCCGACUUACUGCUUGGUGCUCCCGUAUAUCCCCCUGUCGGUCAACAACAAAGCCGAAGCAAAGGAGCUGAAGCGGAUUUUCCGCGAGCUGUCACACGAGCAAUUGAUGGCCCACACGGCUUCACUGGCGGUGCCGCAGAGCGGUCUCGUCAGUGAUCUUUGCCAGAGGAUUAUCAAAGCUUUGGGAGAAUUUGGAAACGUUAACUCAUCAGACUUGUCUGCCAAUACCAGCGUCUUCGAUGUGGGAGUCGACUCCAUCACGGCGCUCCGUCUGUCGUCCAUUCUCAAAUCACAGGGCCUCAAGGGAGCGUCGACCACUGUCAUCCUCAGAAAUCCUGUCGUCGCGGACCUUGCCCGGGCUCUUUCAUCUACCGCGACUCAGUCGCAGGAGAAGUACGUUCGCGAAGCAAAGCAGACUCUCUCGGCAAGUCGGCAUCGGUAUCGGGCAAUCGCCUGCCGACAACUGGGAAUCAGAGCUGAUGAGAUUGAGUACAUUGCCCCGUGCUCGCCACUCCAGCAGGGAAUCAUCUCCAAGUCCAUUACGAAUGACACGGAAGGCGCAUAUUUCAAUUCCUUCGAGCUGAAGAUUCGUGGUGAAAUCUCUCAGGAGAAGCUUCGUGCCGCGUGGGACAAUCUGGUCGAAACAGAGGCUAUUCUGCGGACAGUUUUCUUAUCCACAACUGGUGGCCAUGUCCAGGUUGCCCUCAAGAAGAAGGCGAUAUCCUGGAUAAGUCAGGAUAUUCCGAGCGAGGCUGAAGUCAACGCAUUCCUCGAGCGACAGAGACAGAACUGGAUCAAGGAAAAUUCUGAGCACAUUGCCAGCCCUCUCAAGUUCAUCUACUUGACCACUCCAACUGGGCGCAGCCUCUUUGUCAAUAUUUUCCACGGAAUCUACGAUGGAAACAGUUUGGGUUUGAUGUUAGAGCACGUUGCUUCUCGGUGCUUGGAUGUCCAGCCUACCAAGGGGCCAUCAUUCUUAGAUGCCUUGAUUCAUGGGCCUCUUUGGAAAUUUGACCACUGCCGCCAGUAUUGGGUGGAUUUCUUGAAGGGAUGGACAUCCCCUCGAUCCUUGGCCUUGUCUGAACCUGCUUCUGGAGAUGGAGUCGCCAUCACGGCAACGAGAUCAAUGUCCUACGAAACUCUAGAACAAAUCCGUAAGACAGAAAAGGUCACUUUGCAAGCUGUGAUGUUGGCUCUCUGGACAUCUGUUCUUCAACCAUAUUACUACGGAAACAGUAUGACACUCGGAAUGGUGGUGUCCGGUCGGUCUAUCGACUUGCCGUCGGUUGAUCAGGUUAUUGGACCGCUAUUCAAUACUCUGCCAUUUACAAAUAAGACAUUGCGGGGGGCUUCAUGGUCAUCACUCAUCCAGCAAUGCCACAAGUUUGGCGUAGACACCUUACCCUUCCAGCACGUACCGCUCCAAAAGAUCCAGAAGUGGUGCUCCAAAGGCCGCCCGUUAUUUGAUACCUUGUUUACUCUUCAGCUUGAAGGAGGCGAGGUGGUGGAGGGUUCAGCUCCCUGGGAAAUUGUGGAUGGCCAGUCAACUCCGGAUUACCCUCUGGCAAUCGAGAUAAACUGCUUGCAGAACGGCAAAAUGAACAUCACCCUGGUGGCGCAAGGUUCGGUGGCGAACACGGCAGGCCUCGAGUAUAUUCUCGAUCAAAUUGAGAAGAAUAUGUGUCUCUUGGCAAGUGAUCCGAAGCAAGGUAUUGUCACGGGCUUGGAGGAACGGAACUUGGCCCAAACGGAGGGUGUCUCAAACAUUCCCAGCAAUGAGGACGGCGAAGAUUUGUCUGAUUUUGCCUGGGAUGACACUUCCAUUGCCAUCAAGGAAGAAGCUGCAAUACUCGCUGGUACGGGCACUGCGGAUGUCACAGAAUCAACUACAAUGAUUGAGCUCGGCCUCGAUAGCAUUGAUGUGAUCAAGCUCUCUGCUAAGCUAAGCAAACGGGGUGUCAAGAUCCCUGCAUCCAGUAUCCUCCGCUUGCAGAGCAUCGCGAAGAUCGCCACCGCACAGAAGGGAGAGGAUGGCGGACCCGGAGACCUUGAUACAGAGGGAGUUGGUAUGGCUGCUAUCAAGAAUAAACUGUGGGACAACCUCAGGAGCAGCGGUCAGGAGGUUUCAGUCGACUUGGAACUAGUGGAGGAUAUCCUGCCUCCCACCGCUUUGCAAGAAUCGAUGGUGGCUGCCAUGAUCAGCUCGGGAUUCGAAUGGUAUUUCAACCAUGAUUUAAUGGAAAUUCAAGAUGGAGUUACGGUAGACCGACUACGGAGAACUUGGGCAUUGGUUGCUCAGGCGUGUCCCAUUUUGCGGACAGGAUUUUACGAGCUACACGAUUUUGAGCUAGACUUUUCUUACUGUCAGGUUGUGAGGCGUCAAACUGAUGCGCAUAUGGAGGAGAUGCCCCUAGAUAGUUUGGAGGAUGUUCAUAUGGUGAUGGAGAAGGCGAGGAGCCGGGCGGAACAAGGCCGAGGCUUGGAUCACCUCUUCCAACUGACCUUCAUUACAGUGAAGGGUCGCAAUUACCUUCUGCUUUCGAUAGCGCAUGCUUUAUAUGACGGGUGGUCGCUUGGUCUCAUUUACCAAUUGCUCCGCAAGGCCUACGACGGGGAGAGUCUGAGCGCUGUUUCUCCCGAGAAUUUCAUCUCGAAAGCAAUGACGGCCCAGGGCAGAAAAUCGAGCGAGUUUUGGGGCGACUACCUCCAAGACGCUACACCUACCCUUCUGGCCAACUCACCUGAGGAAGGAAAGGUUGUGCGUCGGGCAUCUUCACAGUCGACUUCCAGCGUCACAGAUAUACAGAAAUUCUGCCAGAAGUACUCUGUCAGCCUUCAAGUUCUUUGCCAGGCAUGCUGGGCCGUGGUUCUGGCCCACGAAACCAAGCAGCUCGAUGUUACAUUUGGCAUCGUCAUGUCUGGUCGUGAGUUCGAGGGCGCAGAAGACCUCGUCUUCCCUACCAUGAAUACUGUUGCUGUCCGGUGUAUUCUCCACGACUCGGCCGGCAGCUUUGUUCAGUACCUGGAGGAGAAUAUGGGAGACAUCCGCAAUUUCCAGGGAUUCCCCCUUCGCAAGGCGCAGCAGGCGGCUGGAGGAGAAGGUCAGCUGUUCGACACGCUCUUCAUGCUGCAGAAGUCGGUCGGCACGGGCUCCUCGGACGACCUCGUGAAAUCUGUCGAGGGAUCCUCUGCCAUCGACUACCCUUUCUGCAUCGAGGCAGAGCUUGUCGGUGAUGCUCUCAUCUGGCGUGCGGCUUAUCAACCGCACGCGUUGUCAGACGAAAUUGCGCUAAGCAAGAUUGAUGAGGUGAACCGUGUGAUGAACUUCAUCAUAUCGACUCCCGAGUCAGAUCUUCUCUCUUUCGAUGACGCCGGAACCUCCAUGUGUGGCCUUCCUUCGAUUCAUAUAGACCUCGAAGGCGGCACCCCUGAGGAAGAAGCCGGAGGCUCGGUUAAGGAUGCUGAGGUUUGGGACGAGACCUCCAGCAUUAUUCGGUCCGUCUUGAGCGAGGCAUCGGGAGUUGCUGUUGAUCAAAUUAGGCUCUCUAACAGCCUCUAUCAUCUCGGCCUCGAUUCGAUCAUCGCCAUCAAGGUUUCGGCCAUGCUUCGACGACAGUCUGUUACCAUCAGCGUUCGAGACCUCAUUCGAGCUGUUGACAUACGUCAAAUGGCGGCCUCUGCUACUAAGCCACCUAUCUCUCUGUCUGAUAAACCUACCGAGCAGAACGAAUGGCAUCCUUCGUCCGAAAUCGACGUUGAUGGUCUGCUUUCUGAACACCAAAUUGAAAAGUCAGACGUCGAGGCGCUGCUACCUGCCAUUCCUAUGCAGGUGUUCAUGCUAAGCACCUGGCAAAAUUCUCAGGGCCGGGUGUUUUAUCCCGAGUUCUCAUACUCGAUGAAAUCAUCUUGCUCGUUGGAAGACAUCCACAUAGCUUGGAGGUCAGUGGUCGCUUCAACAUCAAUCUUACGCACCCGGUUCAUCGCUACUCUAUCUAAAGAUGUACCUGUCUUGCAAGUCAUCCUCCGUGCGACAGCAAAUUCAGAGAACCCUUGGGUGAAAUUGAGGGUUGAAAGGGCGGAAUCGGAAGAUGGCUGGCUGCUAAGGCUCAAGAUCCAUCAUGCCCUGUAUGACGGAGUCAGUCUACCGGCCAUUAUGCAGAAGCUAUCAAGAAGUAUCCAGAAGCCAGGCGUCUCCGGAGACGACGAAGGUCUCUCGGCGUGGUCUAAUUUUGCCAUAACCCAGACCUUGCAAGCCACCAAAGACUCAAGGAGGCAGUUCUGGACCGAAUACCUUCACGAUUGCAAGUCGAUACGCACCUCAGAUGCUUCAACAUACUCUUUUGAGAGAACCUCUGUUGUGCGACGGUCAGCUCUGCUUGAUGUGUCCCAGCUUCGACAACGUGCCGCGCAGGCGGGUGUCAGUGUUCAAUCCCUGUUCCUCGCCGCCUAUGCUCGAACUCUGGCGUCACGCCAGACAGAAGUACAAGACAACCAGCUCAUCAUGUUUGGCGUGUACCUUGCCAACCGCGACGAUGAGAAUUCUGCGCUUGAGAUCUUCCCACAAUUGAACCUCUUGCCCCUCAAGGUAGCAGUCAAUUCCAGUGACUCGAUCGUCCAACUAGCUGCCAAGGUACAAAACAGCAUAAUCGAAAUCACAUCCCAAGGCCGCUCCCAAGUCGGUUUGUGGGAGAUUGAAGCAUGGACCGGCGUCAAGGUGGGUUCGUUCGUCAACUUCCUGUCGCUCCCUACACCCGCAGAUGACCCUGCCUCUGCCACUACCAUUACCAUUACCAUUACUCCAGUCGAGGAAAUGGCCCAAACUGCCUCUACGGCUGAGGUCGAGGACAGAUUCGAUCUCCAGAUGGGCAACGUAUCUGUCCGGGAUGCCUUCCCUGCGGCAAUAGACAUCGAGGCAGCCAUCCGCGGCGAGACAUUAGACGUGGGUGCCUUUGGCGCAAAGAGCGUCCUGGCAGACGAGCCGACCGCUGAGGCUCUCCUGGACGAGAUUCUCACCUUUCUACAGCAGGAAUAG